CUCUUGAAUGAUUCAAAAAAGAUUGAUGAGUAUAAUUCAAAUGGAUUUCAACAGGAAAUAGACUAUAAUUUACAUUUGAAAUUUUCUACAGAAAUUCUACUAAAUUGGAAUGUAGUGCAUGGGUUCAAUCUUCAAUUGAGUUCACUCUUUUUGCUG